UGCAAAUUGCACAUACUUAUAUCCUCAUGAAUUGUCCAGAAAUCUCACCGUUUUAUCAUGAAUUCAGAGCUUCUUUAUCAGCCUUUCCUGAGAAUCAAAUUGAUGCAUUGGUAGACUCUGAUUUUAUAAAUUGAUCAAUAGUCGUGGGAUUGUCGACCCUUUGUUAGUAUCAUUAGCGUGGGGCCCUAGUGCCAGUGCCAAAGUGUGGCGGCAAUAUGUGAUAAACGGUUACACAUAUCACACAGGCGAUUACGGAGAGGGCCGACCAACAACGAACAGCGGGUUAUGUGUCCCGACCAUCGGUUAUGAUAACUCGGAAACCAAUUUUUUUGGUGUCCUGCAGGAGAUUCUGGAACUUGAGAUGCCUUCUUGUGCGAAAAAAUUGACAUGCGUUCUGUUCCGUUGCACAUGGGUCGACCCCACACGUGGCGUGCGCAAAAAUCCGAAGUAUAAUAUGAUUGACGUCAACCAGUCUCGUGUGUACCCGAAAAAUGAGCCUUUCAUACUCGCCCAACAAGCAGCGCAGAUUUAUUAUGCAGAAUAUCCUUCAACAAGGCGGACACAGAAUCCUUGGGUGUGUGCAUGUCCUGUCCGUCCGAACAAAAUAAAAUCACAAACUCAACACAAGGACGUUGAUCUAGAUGCUUUUCAGCAACAAUUUUUCCAACCUCCGCCUAUUGUUGAGACGGUCAACUAUGACAUCCAAUUAAGUGAUCCAAAUGGCGGACUAGUUGAAGUCAUGCCAGAAACGCACCUUCCAGACCCAACCAUUCCAUCUGAGCGCGAAAUUGAGGAAAUGUAUGUAGCACAACAAAAC